CCAGUACACUAGGUUUCCUUCUUUAGUAAAUUUAGUCCUUAUAAUUAUGUUGCCACAUUCCAAAUUCCCCUUCAGUCUCAAAGGUUGACUCAGAGAAUUACAGGCUUGAUGUCACCAGGUCCUUGUGUCACAAGACACUAUCUGGCUUUCAUACACUGGGAAAUCAUGCCAUUGCUCAGGCCAUAUUGGGGCAAUGUUUACGUACAUAAUAUGGAAUGGUUGACACAAUAACACAGGAAAAGAUGUCAUGAGUGCAGGCAUUCCCCUAGGGCCAA